UGGAGAUACAGAGGGCCUGUCUGAGUGCAGGGUUUGUCUGAUGAAGGAUGUAUCUGCUGAUCCUCGUUCAAAUCUUGCAGUCCACUCUGUUGGCGGUCCACUCCUGUCCAGCUUUAUGUACCUGCAUGUAUGGAAACAGUGGAAUAGCAGAGCUCAGGUCGGUGCAGUGCAGUGACCCUGGAAUCUCAGCGGUUCCCAUUAAUGUACCAGCUGACACCGUCAAACUGCGUCUAGAGAAGACCUUGAUCUCCAGGGUGCCCCGUGCAGCCUUCUACAACUUGUCGGAGCUGCGGUUCCUGUGGCUGACUUACAAUUCCAUCACUUCCAUUCACCCCAGCAGCUUUGUCAACCUGAAGGCCCUGCGAGAGUUGCGUCUAGAUGGAAACCUCUUGACGUCCUUCCCCUGGGAGGGGCUGAGGGACAUGCCGCGCCUCCAGACUCUGGGUCUCCACAACAACCGUCUGUCCAGCCUUCCUGCCCACGCUUCUCUCUUUCUUCCCAACAUCACCUACCUUGACCUGUCCAGCAACAGGCUGACUAUAUUACCUGCUGAGCUGCUGGACCUUUGGUUUCCACUCCUAGGACAACAGGGGGGACCAGUGCAAAGAAGAAUUUUGGGUCUCCAUGACAACCCCUGGUUGUGUGACUGCCAGAUCUCCAUGGUGAUGUCCUUGUCUAUGUCCCUGGGGAGUCCUGUAGUUCUCAUGGACCAGCUGCUUAUAUGUAGCAGGUCUCUGGGUCAGCCAGGGGUGCUGCUGACCCAGGUUGAGCUGUCCCGCUGUAUGAGGCCUUCAGUCCAGCCUGCAGCCACAAGAGUUGUCUCUACGCUGGGCAGCAAUGUAAUCCUCCGCUGUGAUGCCACUGGCUACCCAACCCCAACCCUGACCUGGAUCAAAACCUCAACGUACACUGAUUGUUGCCGAAAAGACAUCCUUGAGAACUCUGACCAGCUGCCUACGAAUUUGGAGAGUUUUAUACAGGAAUCUCCUCGAGUGGGGGUCCGCUGGUCAAUAAUCAGCCUGAACGGGUUAUCAUACAAGGAUGCUGGUGAAUAUCGCUGCCAGGCACGGAACAUGGCAGGAAUAUCUGAAGCCCCAAUCAAACUGAAGGUGGUGGGAAUCACAAGAGUAUCCCGUCCUCCAAAGAGGAAGUCCCAAAAGACUACUAAGACACCUAAAUAUUCAUCAAAAUACAGAAAGCCAAACCAGGCGACAACUUCUGCCAACACCCCCUCAGCGAAGGAGAAUCAGAUACUACAAAACAUCACACCGCCUUCCAUUAACAAGACCCGGACUGCCCCUAAUCUUGUGUCCAAAGUGUUCCCCAUAGACAAAAGGCGCAAAAUGAACUUACCAGAUGCAAAGAAAAAAAAACAGACAUCCAUCAUGUCUACAGCCGAGCCCCUAAGCAACUCUACAACUGCUCUGUUGUCAGAAACACUUGUAUGAGAUACACUGAAGUUGGUCACUCAGUUCCUUGGUUUACAACAAGGGGAUUGGAUUGUGAAUUUGUGAACCUCUAGUUUUAGUGUUUCCAAGCUUUUUUGGGUCAUUGUGCAGAGUUUGUUGUGAAUUUAACUUGUUUGUAAAAAAUAAA